AUCACGAUGUCAUAGCGAUAAGUGACGUCGAAAAGACUUCAGGGUGGGACUAGGCUACAGCACAAAACGGAAAUUAAUGUCAACGGCAUUGGAAGAAAAUAGGACUGAUUCAUCUAAAUAAAUAAAUAACUGGAAGAAAAAUUAAACGGAUUUUUUUUUAUUGUUAUGUUGGGUAAAUAAACUUUUAAUAGAGUGGAGGCUGAAUCUUCUCCCUCGAUUUCACCACACAAGAGGGUUAAAAAAAAAAAAAAAUCUCGGAAAAGGAAAGCAAACGUUAGACUCCUAAAGGCUUAAUGUAGCGAUGGAGCUCGAAGAAGAAUGUUAAGAGAGAAUCAAGGUGAAAAAAAUCCAAUCUGGAACGGCCACUGAUUAUGAAAGAGCAGUCUUCUUCACUGCAGUUGUGGUGAUAAGAAGACAUAGUGUACAUUAUCAAGCAUCGCAGAUGUCAUGAUUAUCGUGUGCACAGCCUCCAUCACAGAUCUAGUUAUCGUUACAAUACAAGAAGGAGGGGUUCCAAAAAGUUUAAAGCUGGGCGGUCUUGUCACAACGAAGGUGGCAGACCCACAUUCGAGCUGUCAACACAACCACAGAGACACCUACUGAUCGGGACACAGUCUUGUCGACCUCAUCAGAAAAAAAAUAGCGGUUUGCUGAUGAAAGCCAGGCAUGUUAUUGUAACCUGCUCGCCCUGCAGUCGCUUGGAUCAGACCCACAAAUGCUGAGCACCUGGCAUUUGUAUGUCCUGUGCAGAGGACGGCCAUUUGCCUUCGCUGCCGGCAUCUUGUACACCACGGCCAUGUCGAAAAUGCGGGUCACCAUGUGUUUUUCUUGCUUUCGCAGAAACAGGGUCGCUCCAGCAGAAAGCCAGAACAGGAGGCAUCUGUCGGAUGUCACGAAUUGGCGAGAACCUGCUGUCAAGGACUUUCAAGAAGAGAUGAGCAAAGAAUCCAGUUUACAAAACUACUCUAAAACCCCCAAAAAUAAAGAAUUUCCUGGACUCACGAGGCGUUCACUCGGCCGUUUUAUUUUGCAAUCUGCAGCGGGGAAAUGUCAGGAUGAAAGGGGUUGUGAUCAGCGCCCUCUAGUAAUAAUCAUUCCAUGGCUUCGAGCCAAGCAAAACCACGUGUCCAAAUACAGUGAAUUGUAUCUGAGGAAGGGCCUUGACGUGCUCGUCGUACAAGUGACUCCUAGCCAGAUAAUCAGACCGAUAAGGACGAAAAGAAUCGUCAAAGAACUUCUGUCGCUGUUGCAGGAUGAAAAUGGACCGCUAGCUAAAAGACCACUCAUCAUCCACGGCUUUUCUAUCGGGGCCUUCGUCUGGGGACAAAUGCUGCUGGAGAUGAACUCCGACAUCGCUAUCCUCACUAAGGCGCACGGCGAUAAACUUGCCGAUGACCUGCGUCAAGCUUUGAAAUACCCCGAUUACGGACCACAGCAAGGCGAUCGCGGGGAUGACGCGGGAGCUCCCCCGGCAACAACAAACACGAGAAGCUCGACAGACGACGAUUCUAAAAGCAACUCUGCCGGCCAUCUUAAGAGCGAAUUCUCAGAAAGCUGCACCUCCGGCCAGGAGAAGGAGCGGGCCCAAGACGGCACGAUGGUGGCUGUUCAAAUCAAGUUCGCCGAAGUCCACCGCCGCAUCCUGGGCGUUAUCAUGGACAGUCCCACGCCCAUGGAGGCCAUAUUGGUGGGCAUGCCCAACAGCGUCACGUCCCGACCCAUCUUCCGAGCCGUGUUGCGCAUAAUUCUAGCAGCCUAUAUCCGGUCCUUUCCGAGUUCAGUCGGAAUCCACUACCUUCAAGGCGCGCGAGCGGCAGAAAAGAACGAUGGAGGCUACCCCACCCUAAUCCUUUAUUCUUCCACGGAUGCCGUGGUUCCAGCGCCGAAGGUGGACGCGGUGGUAGCAGACUGGUUCAGGAAAGGGUUCUUCGUACGCGUCAAGAAAUGGGAACAAUCUCCUCACGUUGCUCAUUUUCAGUUCCAUCCAGAGGAGUACACAGAAGAAGUGUACGGCUUUCUUGACAGUUUGCUGACCCCAAAAUCAAGGCUGUGAGUGCCAUGAACUACAUCAUCAAAUGGCCAGUAGUCCGUUCUUUCAAAAGAAACUUGCUCGUUCGUCAGGCCAUGAAGCAUGAAUAAGUACUUCAACAGAGAAGACUUCCACAAGAACAUUCGACCUUCUUGUUCCUCAAGGCUUCCAGGCUGUUACAGUGUGCAUGCAUACUCUGGUCAUAAUGUAUUCACACUAAUUGCACGAAAUAUUCAUUCAACGUAAAAGAGAGCAUAUAUAGUGUUAGAUGUACUAAAAUGAGACAGCUAUUGAAAAUUUAGACGCUAGCAGAAUUCGGCGAACAGGCAUUCAGCAAAGUAGCAGCAUAUAUAAGUCUCCAUCCUAUAACUUCAUAGUGCUGCUGGCAUGCAUUCACUUGCAUGUUUGCAUUUUCAGCUGAUUAACUAUAUUUCCCGUUCUUGUUAUAUUUUUAUCUUUAUUUGGUCUGAUGUUAAAUAUUAAGAAAACAAUCUUAAUUAUGCUGCUUUCUGUUUCAAGUAGUUAAGUUUUUAUUCCAUAAUUAUAAUCUUUUAAAUUGUUUAUACAUAGCUUCUGUAGUUAUUUUAUCUCUGUUUUAAAAGACAUACAGCGUGUGUUAACUUUUGAAUCUGUAUGGUGUCCUUUCUUUAAUGAAAUUUAGUUUUAGUAUUCUUAACUUUUUUUCAGUUAUGAGAUAAAAUCUGCACUAACUUAAUGCACGGUGCCAUAUCUUCUAAAGGUUAAUUAGGUUAGCUGCAAUCUUGUGAUAUAUAUUUGCUUGCCCAGUGUUUAGUCAAAUAAAUUAAAGAGUAACAGAUCA